CCUUUCAAAAUCAUUAUUUGAUACAACAAUGCGAUUCUCCUUCUCCUUCUGGAUAUUGUUUCUCUUUUCAACUUUGGCUAAAGCUCGAGUCUUUACUGAUGAUAUUAACGUUAACCCUUCACCCGAACCGAGCUCUCCUCGUUCCGACCCCUCAGGCCCCACGGCUCCAGUUCCAGUCCCCGUGAGCCACGAUGGCUACAUCGUCUUCUUCGACGUCACCUCCUUUGGCGCCGUCGGUGAUUGCGUGGCCGAUGACACGUCAGCUUUCAAGAUGGCUUGGGACUCGGCUUGUGAGAGAUCGAGUCCCGAGUUGAGCGUUGUUCUUGUCCCCUACAGCUUCUGUUUCUUGGUGAAUCCCGCCAUUUUCAACGGUCCCUGCAAUUCCCAACUUGUUCUCCAAAUCGAUGGAAUCAUUGUUCCUCCGGAAGGACCGGAGUCAUGGCCGUGGAACAACAAGAGACAGUGGCUGAUGUUUUAUCGUGUUCAUGGGUUGUCACUGCAAGGCUCCGGUGUCAUCAAUGGCAGAGGCCAGAAAUGGUGGGAUUUGCCCUGCAAACCUCACAAGGGGAUUAACGGUACAAUUCAGACAGGCUCUUGCGACAGUCCUGUGGCAGUUCGGUUUUUCCAAAGCUCGAAUCUGACAAUCCGAGGAUUAAGCUUCAAAGACAGUCCCCAGUUUCAUGUCAGGUUCGACAAUUGCAGUGAUGUUCUUGUGGACUCAGUCGCCAUUAAAGCACCAGCUUCGAGUCCCAACACUGAUGGGAUUCACAUCGAGAACACAAACAACGUUCAGAUCCACAAUUCCGUCAUAUCCAGCGGGGAUGAUUGCAUAUCAAUUGGAGCCAGGUGUUUUAAUGUUGACAUUCAGAACAUUACCUGCGGUCCAAGUCACGGAAUUAGCAUAGGCAGCCUUGGUGUACACAACUCUCGUGCAUGUGUCUCGAACAUUACAGUGACUAACUCAACCAUAAGGGACUCAGACAACGGUGUUCGGAUCAAGACAUGGCAAGGAGGGUCUGGAACAGUUUCAAGAAUCGUUUUCAGUAACAUCCUAAUGGAUAAUGUCCGGAACCCUAUCAUCAUAGACCAGUACUACUGCCAAACCAAAAACUGCACCAACCAAACCAGUGCGGUAUUAGUAAGUGACGUUCUAUACGCACAUAUCAAGGGGACUUACAACCUGAAAAGCCCUCCGAUGCAUUUUGCUUGCAGCGAUUCAGUCCCUUGUACUGAUCUGAAACUCGCAGAUGUUGAGUUGUUUCCUUCUAAAGGCCAGAUUUUGGCAAACCCUUUUUGCUGGAACGCGUAUGGAAGCGUUCAGACAUUGACCAUUCCACCUGUUUAUUGCCUGCUCGAACAGUUUCCAGGUCUGGUAACAGAAGAAGAUGCUCUCGGCUGCUGACUAAACCAGAUCAGAUAUAGAUAAGAUUUGAAAUCAAAUAGGGCAAUGUGUUUUUAAGAUUACUUCUUAUACUGCAAAAUGUAAGCUGUGAUAUAGUGUAGAUACAAGGCACUGAAGCAAACUAGCCUAAAGGUUAGACCUUGUCCCUAAAGACUGCAGCUUUUCAGAAUUCACUAGAACGUAUGUGUAUAAGCUUUGAACGGUCAA